GCAAGCCUCAAUGGACGAUCAAACAAGAGACAACGUCGCCAAGGCGUCACCAGCAGCAGUGUCCCGGCCCUGCCACAAGUGGGCUGCUGAUGCCGCCAUAUCGUUCUUCUCCCCCCUCCCAUUUCCUUUUUUCUGGCUCUUCACGCCAGGACGAGGCCUGCGCAGUAAGCUGGUUGCAGGUCAGGUGAGCUGUUCACGCUCCAACCACGCAUCGAGCCCUGCGUCUUCGUCUUCGUCUUCGUCUGUUCAAGUCGGUGUUUUUAGGUCAGCACAGCUGAAGGCUCAGCUACCCUUUUUCACCUACUAGUCGACCGCCCUCGCCAGCUCUGCCGCCAAAUUCUCGCCGAACAUCCUCCAGCAUGGCUAGUUCUGCCACUCCCACCAUCGAGCCCAAAAAGGCGGCCGCUACCAAAGACUCGAAGCUGGGCGCCCCGAAGCUCGACCAGCCCCAGCUCCAGGCCGGCGGAGGAACUCCCUCCGGCUGCACCAUCACCGCCAAUGCCGUCGACUAUCUCUCGCCCCUUGUCUCCAGGUAUGCGAAGUUCAUACACGAGGAGUUGUGCAAAACACACGGCUUGGGGACAAAGGAUGGCGUCACCAAAUGGCUCAUCCAAGAGCAGACGGCCUCGGACAAGGACAAGGACGCUGACCUACUCAAGGAUGGCUCUUUCUCACAUUUCGCCCACUACCUGACGUGCGGAGCGGCCAAUGUCAUGAAGGCCGUGGGCCCCGUCGACUGCUCAUACCCUAUCUCUAAUUACUUCAUUUCCUCGAGCCACAACACAUACCUCACCGGCAACCAGCUCUCGAGCGAGUCAAGCGUGGAUCCCUACAGGAAUGUCCUGCUUCGAGGAUGUCGUUGCGUGGAAAUCGAUGUCUGGGAUGGAGAACAGCCCUCGAGCUCGAGCUCCGAAGAUGAAGCGGCUAGAAUUGGGGCGCGGAAGAUCAAGAAGGAGAAGCCUGAGAUGGGCAUUCGGAAACGGCUUGAACUCCGUUUUGGCAGAAAGGGAUCGCCUCCGCAUGAGGAGAACCAGAAGGCACCGUCUUCAUCUAAAGCUGAAGGCUCCGCCGAGAAGAUCCAGCCGUGGAAAUCGAGCUCGUCCUUCAGGGCCGAGCCAAGGGUGCUUCACGGCUACACGCUCACCAAGGAUACGCCCUUUAGAGCAGUCUGCGCCACCAUUCGAGAUUAUGCAUUCAUAGCUUCUAAUCUACCUGUAAUCAUCAGUCUCGAAGUCCAUACUAGCCCCGGGCAGCAAGAAAUCAUGGCGGAUAUCAUGACAGAGUACUGGAAAGGAAUGCUCGUUGAUCUUCCCAUCGACCCCUCGCAGAAAUCCGAGAACAUCACUCUUCCAUCGCUAAAAGAGUUGGAGAAGAAGAUACUUGUUAAAGUGAAGUACACGCCUCCACAACCCGCUGAGGCCGAGGCGCAACCUUCAACCCUGCAAGCACCCGCAACAUUAACCAAGUCUGCUAGUGCUGAGUCGAUGACAUCCAGCUCGACGUCUUCUGGGGAAGUACCAGAAGUGGAGAAGAAACCUGCUGCGCCUAAAGCUAAGAUCGCUGAAGCUUUGGGAAGGCUUGGUAUCUACACUAGGAGCUAUCACUUCAAAAGCUUGGAUCAACCGGAGGCAAAGAUACCAACUCACGUUUUCUCGCUAUCCGAGAAGUCUCUAAUGGAGGUUCACGAGACGCAACCAGCAGCGCUGUUUAAACACAAUAAGAAUUUCUUCAUGCGCGCAUACCCCAAGGGUCUCCGACUUAAUUCCUCCAACCUCGACCCAUCCAUUUUCUGGCGGACCGGGGUGCAGAUCGUCGCACUUAACUGGCAAAAGUGGGAUGCUGGAAUGAUGCUCAAUGAGGCCAUGUUUGCCGGGACCAACGGUUGGGUUCUCAAACCAGAAGGCUAUCGAAGUACUAGUAGGGAGACAACGCAGAAGACUGCCGUUCCACAUCACAAUCUCGACCUUAGUAUCGAGUUCUUCGCAGGCCAGGACAUACCCCUUUCCCCAGAAGAUGAUCCGAAAGGCUUCAAACCGUACGUCAAGAUUGAAUUGCACGUCGAGAAGAACGAGGAGCGCGAUGGACAGCCAAUUCCAGGCGGCGGAAAGAGCAAGGGUGGAGAUUUCAAGAAGAAGACCAAGACCCAGCGGACAACACACCCCGACUUCGGAAGAGAGAUUGUCAAAUUCGAGGGCAUCAAGGGGGUUACGGAGGAAUUAACCUUUGUCAGAUUCAAGGUCAUGGACGACGAACGCCUGCGCGAUGACCUCACCGCCUGGGCCUGCUUCCGUCUCGACAGACUUCAGCCCGGCAUCCGCAUGAUCCAUCUGUACGAUGCGGACGGCGUCAUCACCAAGGGGGUUUUAUUUGUCAGAAUUAAGAAGACGAUUAGUGCGGCCAAGUAGUUGUCCUGUUCAGAUUCAAGACAACUCAGUUGCAAUGAGAUGAGCAUCCGCGCACAUGCACGCAGGCUGGCAGACAUUUGAGCAUUAUUUGCGCUCGCUCCCUAGGUAGAUGGGCUGCAAUUAGGAAUACGUGCACCCUUGGUCGGUGUGUAAACUGAUCUGCGUGUGUCUUAGUUUUUCCCGUUUGAAGUGAAGCGGAGGAGGAUCAUUUGGGGAAUGAGCGUAAGCGAUGACUGUGGUCAUGGGCACGGGCAUGGGCGUAGCACAGGAGCUCGAAGCAACAAUAGGUCUUGAAUUCACACGGAGACAGGGGUACCUAGACUCUUAUAAUUGUCUUAUCCAUCCACGAUAUGAAUGAAUGAAGGAACACACGCACGUGGAGUGCAGAUAGAGUUGGUUACUCGGUUUCCAUUUUCUGUACUUUUCCUAGGCAGCAAUGGCAAUGGCAACGGAUGUGGCUAUGGCUAAU